AUGGGCGGGGCCCACUAUGACUUCCUGAUCAAACUCCUUCUCAUCGGUGAUUCUGGUGUGGGCAAAUCGUGUCUCCUGUUGAGAUUCUGUGACGACGCCUGGACACCUUCAUUUAUCACGACCAUUGGUAUUGAUUUCAAGAUCCGAACAAUUGAGCUGGACGGGAAGAAGAUCAAAUUGCAGAUUUGGGAUACAGCAGGUCAAGAACGUUUCAGAACCAUCACCACGGCUUAUUACCGUGGUGCUAUGGGAAUUUUGUUGGUGUAUGACGUGACGGAUGAGAAAUCUUUCAGCAAUAUCCGCACGUGGCAUGCCAACAUCGACCAACACGCGUCACCAGGGGUUAACAAGAUUCUCAUAGGUAACAAAUGUGAUUGGGACGACAAACGUGCCGUGUCUCUGGAGCAGGGUAAGGCUUUGGCGGAUGAGUUUGGUCUGAGGUUUUUGGAGACUAGUGCAAAGGCGAAUGAAGGUGUCGAGGAGGCUUUCUUCACGCUUGCGAGGGAUAUCAAAACCCGCCUGAUCGACUCUCAACCCGAAGCAGCCGCCCCCGUUUCUCUCGCCGCUGACCGCAAAGGCGUAGAUGUGAACAAAACCUCGUCGUCAAGUAGCGGUGGAUGUUGUUAA